CUUGCGUAGCUGAAGGGAGGCAGGUGUUCCAGAAACCAUCAGAACAGCCCCCACAGGAACCGGAGGAGGACGGUGAGGACUGAAGCUGUGGUGUGGAGAACUGACUCUCGCUGCUCCACACAGGAAUCUACGAUGUCAUCAUGUUUUCUCUUUGAUGUUGGUCAGCACUGAUGAGCACAACACUCUACACAAACUCCUUCUAGUCUGCUGUUGUGGAUGUCGUCAGGUCACUCGUGCAGGUCUCCAUCCGACCUCAGCGAAUUGUUGCUGUAACAAACAGAGCAUGCAGCCCUCGCUAGUCUGCCUUCUCGCUGCUCACGUCGCCAUCUUAACUUUAGGCGAUGAAAGUCUGUCUCCUGCACGUCAGCCUCGGUCACGUGACUGGUCUGGCCAUUUAAAACUCAAGGUAGCUGCUUCCGGUGUGACGUCAUCUUCCUACUGCUUCAUGCACCUGUGCACGUGCACGGACACUGUGGCCGACUGUUCGAGGAAUCAUGGGACACUACUGUUUGUUCCCAAGCUGCCAACAGCAAUCACCUUCCUCAACUUCUCCUACAACGACGUCCAGGCGAUAACAAACGACAACUUUUUUUUGAAUGUUACUUCCAUCACGGGGCUAGAGCUUUCCUUCAACAAGCUCGCCAACAUCAACACGCAGGCCUUUGGCCUUGUAUCGGGCCUCACAGCUCUGUAUCUCCAUGGCAACAAGCUCCAGAAAUUUCCAGACACUUGCAAUGGUGGGGUCUCGAUAUUCCCACGGUUGCAGGUUCUGGAGCUCAGUCAAAACAACAUCCAGAGUCCUUCCGGACUCGAUGUGCUUACCUGAGCUAAAAGAACUGUGGAUCGAAUCCAACAGACUAGAGUACGUGCAGUCGGAUUGUUUCAUUCAUCUCAGGAAGCUGGAGUACAUCGCCAUGAGCGAGAACUUCAAAUGCCGCCUAGCAGCACGCGCCUUCCGCAGCUCCAGCCUCAAGAAACUGUCGCUGGUCUUCAACUUUCUGGAUUUUUCCUCCAGUGCUGUCAGUCCAGACGCUUUUGCCGGAUGUGAACAGCUAGAACAUCUUCUCCUUGGCAGUUACAACAACUUUCGAGGAGUCAGCAGUGACAAAAUGCUCAGUCUGUUUGAUUCCUUGGUCUCGCUGGAAGUUCUGGACAUGACGAACGUGCAGCUGGAAACUGUGCCCGUGGAGAUGUUCCGAAACAUGUCAGCUCUCAGGGAGCUGUAUUGGUCUGAAAACAGACUGAAGUCGCUGCCUGAUGGACUCUUUCCACAGGGGCCGACCUUCACCCCUGACAUGCGCAUGCGCCUGCAGCAUCUCGACCUCAGCGGCAACCCCUUCAGUUGCACGUGCAAAGACCUGUUCUUUGCUAGAUGGUUGGUCAGCGAUCCGAGCUUGUUCGCCAACUCCACCAGGCCGUACGAGUGCGGCAAUGACUACCGCACCAACAUCACUUUCUUCCUUGAGCACGACUGCUGCGCUGCUCCAUCAACAGCGACUCCCACGACCAACGUCGUUCCCGACUGGACGGCCUUCAUCGCCCUGAGUGCUGUUGUGCCGGCAGCUGGUGUUGUCGUCGUGCUAUGGAUGUUUGGUCGCCGUUGGCUUCAUCGGAUGCUGGCGUGGUCACGUGACAGAAGACACUACGAGCCGCUCGCCUCUUCCGAUGCUCUACACUCGUUGCCAGAUUGGAGUGGGAACCACUCAUCUAAAGACAAGACCAUGGUCGCCUCACGACUGACCAUCAUCCUUGGUCUGGUCAUCAUAGCAUCUUCCUCCAGUCGUGCCUCGCAGUCAGCACCAGCAGGGGGGUCGUCUGCUGACUUACAGCAGCUUCCACAGGACCACCAGUCUGGCCGGACGCCUGCAGUCGACUGCUAUGAAGGGAUGUGCUGGUGCACCAGUGAGACAGCGGACUGCUCGGGAAAUUUCGGGAACUUAACAUUCAUCCCGAAGUUCAGCGAAAAUAUCACGUUUCUGAAGUUUUCCCACAAUAAGCUUCAAGAAAUUCCAGAUGAAGAUUUCUUCUCUAAUGUAACAGGACUUCUUCUCCUUGACCUUGGUUUCAACGACCUUCGUAACCUGAGUCACAAUUCAUUCCGGAAGCUGGACAAGCUGCGAUAUUUAUGUAUGAACGCGAACCCACUGGAUUUGGCUGAUGCUCUUCCUGUCUUUGAGAUCCCUUCUCUCCAAGAACUGGAGUUCAAAUUUGGUCGAGUAGGAAAAUUUCCAGACGAUUUCUUUGCCAGUCAUCCACUGCCAGAGCUCCAGACACUCGACCUGACAGACACAUUUCGUGAAGAAACACUGGACAUGGACUUGUUCAGUCCCCUUCCUCGCCUCCAGAGACUAACGCUCUCAUCCAACCACAUCAGGUUAGUCAGGUGUGGAAGGAAUUUCACCUCUUUGACAUACCUGGACCUCAGCAUGAACUACAUUGACCUCUUCCCACGAACAUGUAAAAAUCAAACCUCGCUGUACCCAAACCUCGAAGAACUGAACCUGAAUUACAAUCGUAUUGAGAAUCUCGACAACAAUGUGUGUUUGCCCAGUCUGCGAAUCUUGAAACUGAACUCAAACGUGGUUAGACACUUCGUCUCCGACAUGUUUUCUAUUAAUAGUUUCCCUUGCUUAGAGGUUGUUUCUGUGCAAAAGAUGAAAAGAAGCAUCAGGACGAUAGAAGACUCUGCUUUUGCAAACCCAGUUUUGCGAAGUCUCUCCUUAGCAAACAAUGAAUUGUCCUUCGCGCCAUCACCAUCAGUGAAAAUAUGUUUUCCGGUUGUUCCGCCCUAGUCAAACUGUCAUUAAGCGGUAAUCAGUUUCUGUAGG